AUGGUCAAAUCUUCAUUGAUUAAGCAAUCAGUACUUGAGUCAUUUUUGGAGAGAAAAACAGUUUCUUCUGUGAAAGAUGCACAAAUAAAAGAUGAACAUUAUCCUUUGAUUAAGAAAAAAAGAACAUAUGACGAAUUAACAGUUAAUAAAGAGAAUAUUUCUAGAGAUGAAAGCAUUAAAUUGUCUAAAGAAGAUAUUAUGUUAAAGAUCAAGCUGAAAAAUGAUAAAAACAAUAUACAAAAUACAAAUCAGCCUAUCCCAUAUGCGUUGCUUUGUGAGACUUUUGAGAAGAUUGAAAAUACAACUAAAAGGCUGGAUAUUCUUUCUUAUACAACCGAUUUUUUGUUUUUAGUAUUAACAAAAUCUCCUGAAAGUUUAUUACAAUCAAUAUAUUUAAUGACAAACAAAGUAUCAUCAGAUUACGAGGGUUUAGAGCUAGGUAUUGGUGAAUCUCUAUUGAUUAAAGCGAUUGGAGAGUCAACGGGUCGAAGUAUAACAAAAAUAAAACAAGACUAUAAAGAGCAUGGUGAUCUUGGACUUGUAGCAAUGAAUUCACGAAACAAUCAACCUACAAUGUUCAAGGGUUCUAUGCUUACGGUACCUAGUGUGUUUAAAUCUUUAAAGGAAAUAGCAACAACAUCAGGAAAAGAUUCACAAGUGAAGAAACUUGGAAUUAUAAAAAAGCUUUUAUCAGUAGCUAAUGGAAGCGAAACAAAAUUUAUUAUAAGGUCAUUAGAGGGAAAAUUAAGAAUAAGAUUGGCAGAGAAGACAGUUAUAAUGUCUUUAGCGCAUACAAUGGUGAAAAUACAAGCAGAGAAAGAAGGCACUAUUGUAACUCCAUCUUAUCUUACAAAUGGAGAAAAUAUUAUUAGAGAAGUUUUUAGUCAAGUUCCUUCAUACGAUAUAGUUAUUUCAGCUCUUCUUAAAAAUGGCAUUCAGAAUCUUCCUGAAAACUGUAAAUUAACACCAGGAAUUCCGCUAAAACCUAUGUUAGCAAAGCCCACAAAAACAAUAUCUGAAAUUUUUGAUAGGUUUGAAAAUCAAAAUUUCACAUGUGAAUAUAAAUAUGAUGGUGAACGAACACAAAUUCAUCUUAUACCUAACGGUGAAGUUAAAGUAUUUUCUAGGAAUUUAGAAAAUAUUUCAAAUAAAUAUCCUGAUAUUGUAGGAGUUAUACCAAAGAUUAUUAAAGAUGGAAUAACAAGCUUUGUAUUGGAUUGUGAAUCUGUUGCAUGGGAUGGAAUCAAUAAAGUUAUUCAACCUUUUCAAAUCUUGAGUACAAGAAAGAGAAAAGAUGUUGACAUUGAAUCAAUUAGAGUUAAAGUUUGUAUAUUCGCAUUUGACCUACUCUAUUUAAACGGAGAAUCCCUUAUACAUAAGUCGUUUCGUGAAAGAAGAGAUUUAUUAAUUCAAUCGUUUAAACCUUUAGAAGGAGAAUUUUCUUUUGUUCAGUUUAAUGAUUUAAAGUCUUUAGAGGAUAUUCAGGUAUUUUUAGAAAAAAGUAUUCAAGAUAGUUGUGAAGGUUUAAUGAUCAAAAUGCUUGAUGGAGAAGAAUCUGGAUAUGAGCCUUCUAAAAGAAGUAGAAAUUGGUUAAAGUUAAAAAAAGACUAUAUGUCAAAUAUUGGUGAUUCUUUAGAUCUAGUUGUUUUAGGAGGAUUUUAUGGUCGAGGAAAGCGUACAAAUACGUAUGGAGCAUAUUUGCUUGGUUGCUAUGAACCUGAUAAAGGUGUUUAUGAGAGUAUUUGUAAACUUGGAACAGGAUUUUCUGAUGAAGUUUUGGAAUCGUAUACAACUUUUUUCAAUAAUCAUAUUUUGAAACAUAAAAAAUCUUACUAUCAUCAUAGUGCAAAAGGAGAACAACCAGAUGUAUGGUUUGAGCCUGUUGCAGUAUGGGAAGUUUUGGCUGCAGAUUUAAGUAUUAGUCCGAAAUAUUUAGCUGCUGUUGGAAUGGUGGAUUCUGAUAAGGGUAUAUCAUUAAGGUUUCCUAGGCAUAUUAGGGUUAGGGAUGAUAAAACCCCUGAAGAAGCUACAACUUCUGAGCAAGUUGCAGAAAUGUAUGAAGCUCAGUUAUUUAGACAAAAAAAUAUAUCUAAACUCGAGGAAAAUGAUGAUGAUUUUGAUUACUGA